AUGUGUAUUCGUAUAGGAAAUCAUGAAUAUGAUCCAAAUUAUUUUACACAAUCCUUCAUCAAUCAUUCUCUAUCUAUGACAGAAGGGAAUCUUGUAACUUCUCCAUUUGGAGUAUUUUUCAUGUUAUGUGCUCUAUUAGGUUCAGGUGGACCUAGAAAGAAUACAUCAUUGGAGAUUGGUAAUGCAGUUCUUGGCAAAUAUGUUCAUCAUCAUAAUGAUAAUAAUGACUGGGAAAGUAUUGCAUCAGAUACAUUAUGGUUAUAUAGAUCAACAUUAGAUUCAUUAUCUGCAGAAAUGACAUAUGUAGACAAUGAAUGGAGUCAAGUUAUUACAUUAGCUAAUGGAAUAUAUGCAAGUGAUGAUUUGCAGAUUAAUGGUGAUUUUGAACAACUACUGACAGAAUAUUUCGAUGAGAAUAUACAUAGAGUAAACUUCACUGAUCAAUCAACAGCUAUGCAAACAAUCAAUCAAUGGAUUUCAUCUAAAACAAACAAUUUAAUAUCACAAUUUUUUAAUCAUCCACAUGAAAUACUACCGAAUUCUUUAUUGAAUUUGUUUAGUAUAUUUUACUUUAAAGAUGUUUGGGAGGUGCAGUUUAUGGAAAUGUUCACAGAAAAUGCAACUUUUGAAGUAUCUUCAGAUCGUCAAAUACAAGUACCGAUAAUGUUUAAUGAAGAAGAGUUAGGCUAUGCUGAUUUUAAAUCAGAAGGAUUUGAAAUGAUCAGAAUCACUCAUAAUCAUCAAUUAUAUGUCAAUAAAUUUAUGCAAACUAAUUUAUUAAAAUUAAAUGAAAAUGGUAUUGAAGCAACCGCUGUUACAUCACCUAUAUUUGUACCGAUUUCAGCUAUAUUACCAGAUAUUGAUUUUAAUGUAAAUCAUCCAUUUAUAUGCUUUAUAUAUGAUCAACAAUUAACAAUGCCUAUUAUAGCUGCUAAAAUUAUUGAACCAAUUAUAUCAUCAUAA